UGCGUUUGUGGGAGUGGUAGCGGCCUGUGCUGAGAUCUUGUGCGUGCGUGGUUUGACGCCGCCUCUGGGAGAGCUGAGGUGUUUGUUGGCGCAGUAGGCAGGGCGGCGCGAUGGGGUUGGCUUUCUCGCGGAUAUGGCAGCGGCUGUUCGGCAAGAAGGAGAUGCGCAUCCUCAUGGUCGGCCUGGACGCCGCGGGCAAGACCACCAUCCUCUACAAACUCAAGCUCGGCGAAGUCGUCACCACCAUUCCCACCAUCGGUCAGCCACACAGACACACGCACACGCAGACUCACACAGACAGCCAGAUGAGGCCGGCGGGCAGGGAGAGAGGGCGCAGAGAGGCCAAACGAGACAUCGCCGGAUCGGCGUGCCUUCCGUCGGGUGGACGGGCGUGCACAGGGUCUUUCUGUGUGUGUGCGUCGGUGUGGUUGCUCAGGUUUCAACGUCGAGACUGUCGAGUACAAGAACAGUAAGGCUGGACAGAGGGAGCCCAGACAGAAAAUGGCGUCACACACAAAACUCCUGUGUGAACUGUGCGUUGUGUGUCUGUGUGUCAGUCUCCUUCACGGUGUGGGAUGUUGGCGGACAGGACAAGGUGAACAAGCACAGCUCACACCACUCCUUUAUGCGCAUCCAUCGCUCUCCUCUCUCUCACUGAGUGUGUGUGGUGAAUGUGUCACAUCUGUCUGUCGUGUGUGUGCAGAUCCGUCCGUUGUGGCGCCACUACUACCAGAACACGCAGGGGCUCAUCUUCGUCGUCGAUAGCAACGACAGGGACAGAAUUGAAGACGGUACACAAUCACACACACAUGGACAGACAGACAGACAGACAGACAGGGAGAGAGAGAGGGAGAGAGAGAUGGGGCAAUGAUGUGCCUCUGUGUGUGUGUGUGUGUGUGUGUGUAGCUCGUGAGGAGUUGCAUCGGAUGUUGAAUGAGGACGAGCUGCGCGAUGCGGUGCUGCUGGUGUUCGCCAACAAGCAGGAUCUGCCCAACGCCAUGACGGCCGCCGAGGUCACCGACAAACUCCAUCUCCACUCCAUCAGACACCGAAACUGGUACGCACACACACGUGGAUGGCCACACACGCGCAGACACACGCAUCUGGUCCUCUCUCUCUCUGUCUGCGUGUUGUGUGUGACAACAAACAGGUUCAUUCAGUCGACGUGUGCGACGACGGGCGAUGGCCUGUACGAGGGCCUCGACUGGCUCUCACGCACUCUGGCGCAAAAGAAAUGAUACUAAGACAUUCACACACACCUGCACACAUGCAUGUACGGCGGCGUGGUGCAUCGUGUGUGGGUGUCUGUCUG